AUGACAUUACUUAAUGAAAAAGACCAAAGUGUUGGGACAGAUUCAGAGAAUUCAUUAUACAAAGAUAUUGAACAAUCACCAACAGACAAAAAUGAGAUUUUUAUUGAUCAAAUCAACAAUGAUGAACAUGUAAUCGAAUAUGAUUCCUUUGGUGAAGUGAAACGAGAUUUGAAGGCAAGACAUGUAUCAAUGAUAGCCAUUGGUGGUACCAUUGGAACUGGAUUAUUUAUUAGUACCGGUCAUUUACUUUCACAAACUGGUCCGGUUAUGUCAUUAAUUUCAUUCUUAUUAGUGACAACAAUUUGUUUUUCAGUGACCCAAUCACUUGGUGAAAUGGCCACAUAUAUUCCAAUUUCAGGUUCAUUUGCCCAAUUCGUCACUAGAUGGGUAUCCAAGAGUUGUGGUGCAGCUAAUGGCUGGUUAUACGGUUGGUCAUGGGCGAUAACAUUUGCUUUGGAAUUAUCUAUCAUUGGUCAAGUCAUACAAUUUUGGACCGAUGCUAUCCCACUAGCAGCAUGGAUCUCGAUAUUUUUUGUUCUUUUAACUGCACUCAAUUUAUUCCCGGUAAAAUUAUAUGGAGAAAUUGAAUUUUGGAUGGCAUCGAUAAAAGUGAUUGCUGUUUUGGGAUGGAUCAUUUACGCUUUUAUCAUGGUAUGUGGUGCUGGUAAAACUGGACCAGUUGGAUUCCGUUAUUGGCGGAAUGGUUAUGCUUGGGGUGAUGGGAUGUUGGUACAAAAUAAUGGCAAAUAUGUGAUUGCCUUUAUUAAUGGACUUAUUAAUUCUGUGUUUACUUUCCAAGGUACUGAAUUAGUUGCUGUCACUGCCGGCGAAGCAUCACCAAGAGCUCUUAGAAGUGCUAUUCGUAAAGUUAUGUUCAGAAUUUUAGUAUUUUAUGUCUUGUGUAUGCUUUUCAUUGGUCUUUUGGUUCCUUAUAAUGACCCCAAACUUACAGAAGAUGGUGGUUUCACAAGAAAUUCACCAUUCCUUAUUGCUAUGGAAAAUUCAGGCACGAAAAUUUUACCACACAUUUUCAAUGCUGUAAUUGUUGCCACAAUUAUAUCUGCUGGUAAUUCCAAUAUUUAUGCUGGAUCAAGGAUUUUCUAUGGGUUAGCUCAAUCGGGAGUUGCUCCUAAGUUUUUCCUUAAAACUACUAAAGCUGGAGUUCCCUAUAUCACAGUAUUAUUCACAGCUGCCUUUGGUGCCUUGGGAUAUUUAGUAGUUUCUAAUGAUGGUAUGGUUGUUUUUAAUUGGCUUUUAAACAUUUCUGCCACAGCAGGGAUGAUUGCUUGGGGAUUUAUUUCUGUUAGUCAUAUCCGGUUUAUGCAAGUUCUUGAACAACGAGGUAUCAGUAGAGAUACUUUACCAUUUAAAGCUUUCUUUAUGCCAUAUAGUGCGUACUAUGCUGCUACGUUGGUGUGUACAGUAGCGUUAAUCCAAGGGUUUACAGUGUUUUGGGAUUUUAAUGCUACUGAUUUCUUUACUGCUUAUGUAUCAUUAAUUGUAUUUGUUGUUUGGUGGAUUAUGUUUCAUUUUUUGUUUUUUGGAUUUGGUAGACAAGCAUGGAAAUGGAGUAAUGUGUUGAUACCUUUGGAUCAAUGUGAUAUUGAUACUGGGGUAAGAGAUAUUAAUGAUAUUGAAUUUGAUGUGCCACCACCAAAGAAUCUAUGGGAGAAGUUUUGGUCAAUCAUUGCCUAA